AGAGAGAGAGAGAGAGAGAGAGAGAGAGAUGUCUUAUCUUCUGCCUCACUUGCACUCGGGCUGGGCCGUAGAUCAAGCCAUCCUCGCCGAGGAGGAACGACUCGUCAUAAUUCGAUUCGGCCAUGACUGGGACGAAACCUGCAUGCAGAUGGAUGAGGUGCUGGCUAAUGUUGCAGAAACGAUAAAGAAUUUUGCUGUAAUAUACUUGGUGGACAUUACGGAGGUGCCUGAUUUCAAUACCAUGUACGAACUUUAUGAUCCCUCGACAAUCAUGUUUUUCUUCCGCAACAAGCAUAUCAUGAUUGACUUGGGUACCGGAAACAACAAUAAGAUCAACUGGGCUCUAAAGGACAAGCAGGAGUUUAUCGACAUUGUUGAGACCGUCUAUCGUGGUGCCCGAAAAGGUCGUGGUCUGGUGAUUGCCCCCAAAGACUACUCCACCAAGUACCGAUACUGAGCCUCUGAUACUUUUAUGUUGUUCAUUGAACUGCACAACAUCCUACUCUUAUAGAAAAAUUUCAACUCUUGAUGCUUGAACUCAUUAUGUAAGAAUUGGAGAACAAUGAAACACAAGUAUAUUCUGUAUGAUAAGUUUUUGUUGUUUAUGAG